GCCAGUCCUGACUCAGCUCAACAGUCUCCAGUCUACCAACUGGUCUCUGUAAUAACUAUUUAAAGCAGUCUGUCCUGACUCAGCUCAACAGUCUCCAGUCUACCAACUGGUCUCUGUAACUUCAUCUUUGUCUCUGUGAUGUACAGUCUUCAGGUGAUGAUGGGGGUAUUGAAUCAUCUCUCUACUCUCCUCCUUCUCUCUCUCCUUCCUCCUGCUCUCUCUCAUGUAGUGGAGAAGUUCAGUGAUGUUCCACAGUGCCAGAAUUUCUUCCUGGAGGGGACAACUCCAAAUCUGACGGGUAUUUUGGUUGAUGGGACGGUCCAGAACCAGAACCGCUACAAGCCGAUUUGCCAGUUGUUCAACAACAUCUACAGGUUUGCAACUCUCUACGACACGACCAACAGGAUCCCUGUGUUCUCAGCCUACACCUUCACUGGUCCUCCUACAGACCCCAGACCAGAUCAACCCUGGAUGAUUGAGCCCCAGCUCAACGGGGAAAACAACAGCCCUGAAAUGCAGAAGGAUAGUAAAGAGAUUGAAUAUCAAAAGCAGGCUGGGGACAACGACUAUAAGAACUCAAUACCAAUUAAAGGGGUGAACAGAGGUCACCUCUUCCCAUGUUCACAUGCUCAUGACCUUGAUACUCAGAAGUCCACCUUUACCCUGACCAACAUCGUUCCCCAGGUGGUGUCCUUCAACAAUGGCAGGUGGAGGAAAAUGGAGUGCAAAGUCCAAACGACUCUUAAGCUUAACUGUAAGGAUGCUAACGACCAGAUAAAAGCCUAUGUGGUGACUGGAGCAGUGCCCAGUAACAACAACACACUGAAGAACCGAGUGAACAUCCCAGAUCUCAUGUGGACAGCCUACUGCUGUUACAACAACAACCUGAAACAGUGGGUGGCCCAAGCACACUGGGGGGAGAACCAAAAGGAGGACAAUAAAACAUUGCCCUCAAAUACCUUGGCAGAACUGUAUGACAUGCUGGACAGGCAUUAUGGUGGUGGUGGUGAUGUCCAGGUGUUCCCAGAUCAGUGUCCAAAAGGUGAUAUUCUGAGAGAGCUUCCCCUCAGGGAUGGGGAUGUAUAUGAUCAUAGUGUCUAUGAUGAUGACUGUGUCUAUUCCUCUGUUGGGGUCAAAGGUUAUUACCUACCUGUUGUAUUAGUUUCUGUGCUGGUGAUGAUGAUGUAGUGACAUAACCACCAGGAACCUGUGACAUCAUCAGGUCAAGCAGGUAAUAAUGGACCUGGUUUAGUCUGACCUGAGUUUCACGCUGUGAUCAACAAUCACUUUUAAUGACAAUACUUUCUGAACUAUCAGCACAGGAGACUACUGACCUGACCUGCUUUAGUAGACUACUGACCUGACCUGCUUUAGUAGACUACUGACCUGACCUGCUUUAGUAGACUACUGACCUGACCUGCUUUAGUAGACUACUGACCUGACCUGC